CUCUGUUCCCCUUUCUACACAGCUGCAACAUAAUGUUGUUUCAGUAGAGCGAUGCUUUGCAAAUUUGGCUGAAGGAGACAAUGAGCAAACAGCUUUUCAGAGAGCUGUCAGAAGGGGCAGUUUGGUUUCCGUGCAAGCAAUACUCGCAUUCCAAACUGCAUUAGAGAAAAGCUGGACCUUUUCUGUUUGCUCGUUACAUUCUCAAGAUGAAGCCCCCGGUGGUUACAGCAGUGCUGGUAGCACUAGUGCAGGUUACUCAGAGUUUCCCUGCCUUGUACCACCGAGGCUGGUGGAGGCUCUUAAAGGAAGGAGAUAGCUGCGGAAAAUGUGAUUUGGCACUUUGCUCUGAGCCAAAAGACUGUCUGGCUGGGACUGUAGUGGACCACUGUGGCUGCUGUUCUGAAUGUGGAAAUGUGGAAGGUCAGAUUUGUGACUUGGAUCAGGGCAAUCAUUUUUAUGGGCAGUGUGGGGACAACCUGGAGUGCAGGCUGGAUGCCGAUGAAGCCAGGUUUGGGGAAGUCCCUGAACCCCAGUGUGUGUGCAGGUUUCAAGAGAGCAUCUGCGGAUCUGAUGGGAAGACCUAUGAGAACAUCUGUCAAUUCAACAAGGCUUAUGCAACUAAAGGAAAUAUCAGCAUGAAACAUAAGGGACCGUGUGAAUCAGCCCCUGUGAUAUCUAUGCCACCUCAGGAUGUCCAGAAUUUCACAGGCAACGAUGUCAUUUUCGGCUGUGAGGUGUCAGCCUACCCUAUGCCACACCUGGAAUGGAAAAAAAAGGGGAAUAAAAUGUUUUUACCAGGAGAUGAUGCCCACAUCUCAGUACAGGCCAGAGGUGGACCUCAGAAGUACGGUGUGACAGGCUGGCUGCAGAUUCAAGGCCUCAAAAAAUCAGAUGAAGGCAUCUACAUCUGCCAUACCAAAAACAAGUACGGUGCAACAUACGCCUCUGCAAGACUGAAAGUCAUUGAUGGUUCAUCUUCUGCAUUUGCCUUAACUGCUGGCAGUAGAAGUGCAAGCUAUGACACUGACUAUGACGACUACUAUGACCAUGACGAUGAGGAUGAGGAAGAAUAUGAAUCUGGGGACUAUGAAAAUUGAAACAACUCUGAAUAACAAUUUCUGUCCAUGCGCUGUCAGCCACCUUUCACACUGUCACAUCUACUUGUACUCCCUGUGCUGUAAAUAGCCUCUCUGAUAACUCUACACUCAUUUGUGCAUCCCACCUUCCUGGAAUUCAACUUUGGCUGAAGUAUGGAGUGAUACUUACCUGAAAUAAAAACAGUUUGAAGUUCAUGCAUUUAGACCAUAAUAAAAUUCUUAAGCAUGUACUCAGUAAGUGCCCUGAAAGGUUCAAAUUUUA